CGUACGAUAAAGGAGUAUAUACCUGGAUUCAGGGCGCCACCGAACGUUCAACACUCCGUUGCAAACUUGCAGGUAUGCUUUUCCACUUCGUUCUAUACGUAACAAACACCUACUUCUUUUUGGUGGCGAGCUGCGAACGCUUGUUGGUCAGCCGAAAGUAGCGGCGGCGGCCGAGUCAAUUUACAUAACAGCAUAAAGUUUACAUCUGGGAUCUUCAUCCCUCUUCCAUUUUGCUAGCAUGAGAGUGGACUAUAUCGGCAUUCGCAGGUAGCUACACAUAGGUCCAUCUGCUAGCCACUUUUCACACGGCAGUCAUUCGCUCCAUGUUCUGUUUGCAGGAGGACGUGGUUGUCCGCUGUCGUUAGCGACUGAAACGAACUGAAGGAACGCGCUUGACUCCGGUGAAGAUGGAGGAAGAAAGGUUAGGUUUUGGUCUGAACAUAUUCAUUGGUUGUAUGCCGAACCACCCACAUUCCUCUCGUGCACAGUCUGAACUACUACCGUCUCGCAGAGUUGUUUUCCGCCGUGGUCCGUCCGGCACUCGGGGACUUCCUCAAUAAAACCAUGCACGAAAAGCCCGUGCAGGCUACGACCACACUGCUGGUUGGUGGAAGGCCAACCAAAGCAGGUGUCUGUCUCGGGUACCACCAACCGGAAUCGAAAAAAUUAAAGUCGCGAAAGACCCGAGUGAGUGGCCGAUGAAUCUCCUUCUGAAGGUGAUCAAGUACUCCAACUACGACCUGGUACCGCGCUACAAAAAGGUCUGGCGUGCUCUCGACGUCCUGAUCAGGACCCGGAAAGAAGUGCUGAGUUACAAGGAGACCCAAACUGUCUCAAGCGAUCGAAUGUCGAAUUACUUUGACACCAUUUGCGACGCAAUCGCAGAGUUCGAGCUGCCCAAGAUGGAGACCGUCUAUGUGGAACAACUAGAGGAGCUAAAAACAAAGGAGCCUUCUGAAGCAGAUUGGGAGAAACUUCAUAAGGGGCUCCUGGCAGAUGGAAACAGUUGGGCAGAGUUUGAGGGAAAACUCUAUGAAAGAGGUGGGAAGCCCACACUAUCCCAGCUGCGUGCAUUUUCAGGCAAAGCCAAGAAGAUCAAUGUGAUUCAACAGGUUGCUUCGAAAUUCAGUGCUAUUGGAACUUUCCUUCUUUCUGAUGAUGAUGGUACAAUAGUGAAUGGCUUCAAGAUUUCCAAUGGAUAUGAUGUCACCAGAACAUCUGCGGCGAUCUUUGAAAAGUGGCUGGAAGCAGACGCUGGGCCUUCUUGGACUGUGCUGGUCAAAUGUCUCAGAGAUGCUGAUCUGAAUUUUCUGGCAAAGCAGAUUGACGAAUGUCUGAUCUAACCUUUAAGAGAGUAUAAUAUUAUAUUACAUGACUAUUUUACUAUUUUUAGAUUCAAGGUGAAAGUGUAUAUAGCUGUAGUUUUUUAAUUGUACACUACGACUUUCAUAAUAAAUAAUAAAUAAACACUUUUAAGUGAUAUAGAAGAUAUUGGUGAUGUGAAGACUGGAUUUUUAUGCUCAUUCUCUAUAUGAUGAUCUGUUAACUUG